AUGAAUUACGAGGCAAUCUUCAAAGCAUUCGACAAGGACCGAGAUGGGUUUCUAUGUGGCAAGGAGCUGGGCAAGUGUAUGAAAAAAGCACUGGGAGGCAAAUACAAUAAAGAUGAUCUCAAGUUCAUUAUCUCAUGUGCAGAUAAGGACCUAAACGGGAGAAUGGAUGCAGAAGAGUUCCGUGUAGCAGUUACAGUACUGAAGAAAGUAAAGUUGGCGGAGCUUAAAGAGCUGCGAGAUGUGUUCACUGGGUUUGACCUGGAUGGAAACGGGACAAUAUGUAGUAGUGAAUUUGAGAAGUGCAUGGAGAGACUGGGACAAGCUCUGUCGCCUGAAGAGUGUAAAGAGAUGAUAAAUCAUGCUGAUAAGGAUGGAGACGACCUUAUUAGCUACCUCGAGUUUGCUCUAAUGGUGAAGGAGGCAGAGGAAAAGCAUGAAAUGAUGGGCGACGAGGAGUCACUAAAGGAAGCGUUUAAGAUGUUUGAUGAGAACGGUGACGGUCACAUUGACAAGGAAGAGUUGAAACAGGUUCUAGCCACCAUGAACCCCGACCAAAAGCACAGUGAUAAGGAGUUGGAGGACAUGUUUAAACUGGCUGAUCUGAAUGGAGAUGGGAAGAUCACGUUUGAGGAGUUCAAGGCACUCAUCAACAUUUGAGGGCAGUUUUACAAUGACUUUACAAUCUCGUGUUAUUUUAACCCAACAACUAUUGGAUUGUCAACAGCAACUGACUAUAGAUUGCUUGAUCAUGUUAACAAGUUUGGAUUCAAUUUCACGGAUGAUGCGGUUUUAAUUUCUUCGAAAUGUGACUCCAGGCAAAGCGCCUGGUUAGUCCUUACCAAUGGACAAGUGUCAAUAUUCGAGGUUCAACAGGACCAGACCCAGCCUUCAGUGUGACCUACCACAACUCAACAAGUCUUUAAUAACCCCUUACCGAUCCAUGGAGUUGAUGUUAUUUGUGGAUUAUUUAUAGCUUUGAAUUUGUAACAGUCUGGUCACUUUAGCUGUAGACAAAUUGACUGUAGAUAUUCCUUUCAAAAUUACCUUGUGUCUUUAUUGUUGAAAAAGUGCACAAAAUAACACAUUUUUAAACGAUUUUUCAAUAUUUCAUAUCAGCAACAUAAUAUAAUCCUAUAACACAUUUCAAGCUUAUAGCUAUACAUGACAUGCUGAUCGACAAAUAAAAGUUUAGUAAGUCACAAUAAUUUGUCAAAAAUGUCAGCCUGAAUUACAAAUUAGGACAGUAACACCACAUUCCACAGUUAAUUCUACAGGCAGAUCAGGCGUCAGGCACCGAAUGAGUUUAGUUGUGUUGUGGCUGUGCUGUACUGUACAGUUCAUGUUACGUAGCGGCCAAAUUGUAUCAUUGAUUCGAGCUGAAAAUUAGUUUCACGCGGAUCAAAUUAACCAAAAGCCAAGUCAUUAACAACAAGCUACGAAGAUAAUAUAAUAUUUUUCAUGUUCAGUCUACCAAAUUAAAAGCUAAUCCAGCGACAAAAGCUUGAACAAUGAUAAAAUUGGUUUCAUUAAACGGUACACAGGGUGGACCGGAAAGGGGAUUAUUAAAUUCAGAGCCGCCCAUGUAUUAUUUUACUAUUGCAUGGUAUUGCUUCUAAUUUGAUCUCACAUUGGUCAUGUCAAACUCAAGUUCGACGAUCGUCGACAUGGACCUGUUUCAGUGAUCAGUAGCUUGAUUGACGAUGUCAACCCUUCGCAGAGCAACGAUCUCGUCAGUAGAAUGAGCAAGAAUGAUAGUUCGAUCCGAUGCGAUCUUCAGUUUUUUGUUUUGAGUAUUGACCAAUUUUAGGCAUUUAAAUCAAAGACAAAACAGAUUGGACAAUAUUCAUAAAUUAAAGAAAAUCAGAGUUUACACUUUUCUUUUUGUGCCAUCUCCGUGACGGAAUGAUUUAGUUUGGUAUCAUCAUUAGUUUACCGGCUCUCUGCCACCAUUUUGCUCUUAUCUCUGAUUUGCUCUAAUAUCUCUGAUUUAUGGAAAUAAAUGCACUGCGCUUAGGUUCGUAAUUUUCAGUAAUGGAGUAAUUUUCACAAGUUUUGACUGCUUUGCAAGUAUGGAACAUU